AUGAAAACCAUUUUCAAAUCUCAUGGGUUAUGGGAACUUGUUGAGAAAGGGAUAGAGAGCUCAGAUUCGAAGGGAGCCGAUGAAUCUGAUGCGAAGAAGAAAGAAAAAGAGGAAUCCAGUGGUGCUGGGAAGAUGAUUCUCACUCAGAUCCUGAUGAAAGAUGCUAAGGCUUUGGGACUGAUUCAUGGAGCAGUUUCAGAUGAGAUCUUCACUAGGAUUUCCCAUGAAGAAUCGUCUCAAGGAGCUUGGAAUAUCCUAAAGCAGGAAUUUCAUGGUGAUAAGUAG